AUGUCAGUAAAGUUACUCGAUCGUGUGACAAUUAUUUGUCCUUUGCCAACUAUCAAUCCACAAAUAUCAUAUGAAUAUACAAAAUUAUAUGCUGUAUCACAAAAUGGUUAUGAAAAUUGUCAAUUGUUAAAUGAAAGAUUAAUUGGUGUUUGUCAAACUCCAAGACAACAAUCCUCAAUCAGUAUUGUUUUUCGAGAUUUCUCACCACUUCCCGGUGCAUUAGAAUUCAAACCAGGCCACAGUUAUUAUUUUAUCACUACUUCAGAUGGUACCAAAAAAGGUAUCGAUAGGCGAUCCGGUGGUCUAUGUGCUACUGAACAUAUGAAAAUUAAAUUUGAAAUUCAGUCAGAUCGUGAUGAUAAUAAUCUCAAUGAUUACUUUGAACCUUCAAGUGCUCAUUUUAGGCAUCGAUUACAGAAUUCAGCCGAAGUAUCAACACCAUUAUUGUAUAUAAUUCAUACUAGUGAUUCAUCAUCAGCUGAAGGUUAUGCAGUAUCAGAUGAUGAUAAUGAUGAUGAUAAUGAAGGUGGUGGUGCAGCUUGCAAUUAUCAAUUGAAUUUAUCAUUAACAGCAAUAACAUUGAUAAUUUUGUAUUUUAUCACAAUUGCAUAA